GUUUUAUGGGAUUGGUCAGAAAUAUAGGAACUCCUAUGGUGCGAUGAAUUCUGUGUAGGUAAGUCGUCUCUUCGUAAUAAUUACCUUAAACCAAAUCAGUUAGUAUAAAGUGAGAUUCUAAAAACGAUCGUUAUUAUGCCACCAAUGCCACAAUAUGCCUAGAUCAAGAGGUGAACUUUCAUCCUUGGACAGAGGCCAGAGGAUGGCGGUCCCAGCGAUUCCUCUUGUAUAUUACUCGAGUAGUACCUCUAUGUAAAGUCCUUCCCGUCACCUUUCUUUUUACUUAUAUUGGAUACAUAUACAAAAUAAUCGAAAUCAUUAGCUGUCUCUGUGUGAACACAAUCAAACCAGUCCACAGAGAUAUCGUUACCUCUUGCGCCAAGUUGCUAUCAUCUUCAUUAUGCUUGCUAUCGACGACAUUAUUGCUAUAUGCUUUGGCCUGACAAGCGUUCUCCUUGCAAUUAUUUCUCUCUAUGUCAUGUGCAAGCCAAAAUCCGGCCCAGGUAUGCGACGUAUCAUGAAAUAAUGACCCGGAAUCUAAUGGCUAGUCAACUAGACAUACCAGAGCCUGAUCUUGAAUCAGGACCACGAACUGCGAGCCUACCCUCCAAUCGAGCAUAUCCGAUCUCAGUAUCUUCCAAUCUUCCUAAUAGAGCGCCUUCAUUCUCAGCAUACUACAGUCUUCCUAGCCGCGCUCAAGCCUCAUUGCAUGAUAGAACCCACAACCACCUUCGUUCAAUUGGGUCUACCCCUCAAUGUGCGACAAAUCAAUUCCAAGAUUUUGCCAUGUUCGUUCCGGCUUUGACAUAUGCUGCAGUGGAACCCUCUCCUGAACCUACGAUCGAACUCUAUCAAGUAACACACUCAGCAAACUUUAUAUCAUACAAUCGGAGUUGGGGUUGAUAUUUGAGGCAGGGUAGAUCUUUUAAUGGCAGCUGGAUAGUUCGAAUUAUUGAUGAGUGUAUUGGUACACAUGGUAGCAUUGAUGGAGUUAUUGUUUAGGAUGGAGGCGAUGGAUUAUUGUACCAUGGCAUGGGAUGGCGUUGAUGCUUGGACUACAAUGUUUCGAUAUAUUGUUGAGAUGCUUUCAGCUAUUGGGAAUCGGGUAUUGGCGGUCAGAAGAUAGAAGGCAUUAUACUCUAAGGUGUGUUCACCUUAUCCGACGAGAAUCAGAGAUAGUUUUCAAAAAGAAAUGCCCUUUAACACUGUCGCAGACUUUAUUUUAUUAGCUCAUAUUUAUAUAUGUGCAGUUCUGGUCCUUUCACAGUAUUUAGCGAUGAAAUCGUUAUCGCAGGAAGGACAUAUAGAAAUCGAGGGGUUCUAGGCCUAUGACGUAUUUUUACUCCACACACGAGCCACAGACCGCUAGAUCCCGCACUUUUGUCAGUUAACGGUGUGGCCCACGCGUGGCUAUUUGCCAUAAGGCUCAGGUUCUAUAUCGCUAAAAAAAAAUUAAAAAAUUCACUAGUACUAGUCCGCUA